AUGAAUAUUGGUAAAAGCUUUCAUCGUAAUAGGCCCAGGGGGAUACUGACCCACUACAAUCAGAAGCCCUGCGUUAUUAUCAGCACCUCAGCGGGCCAACGCCCUUCCGUCAUCUUGAGGCCGACUGCCGCGCCCAUCGUGGCGGAACCGGCACUUAGCGAGGCGUCUCGGAGGUGUCACGUGGGCACGAGCGAUGGGAUGAACCGACUUAUACCUGAGGUUCUGACCCUCGCCAACGACAAGCUCAUCUGCGAAAAUUUCUUAUACUAUAUUUGUCACUGGAACCAAAAUAAGUCAAAGGUGUUGACCCUUUCCAAUCGGAAGCCCAACUCUGCUAUUAUCACCACCUCAACGCCCAGUCCUCCCCUUGCACGAGCCUACCACGCUCCUGGUGGCGGUCCCGGCAAUUAG